CUCGGUGAUCGUUUGAUACAAAAUUUAUGAAAACAAACCUAAUAAUAGAUGCGGUUUGACAGUUAAAACCAGAUAAAUUUGCCCGGAAAAUGCCAAAAAAUUCUAAAGUUAUACUUGAGUACGGCCCGUACGAAGCAUGCGGUGUCGUAAAGCAUCGAACAUCUCGAUUAGAGGGUUUGGAAACAGUGUUAACGUCCGAAGGACAUUCGGUCGCGCUAUCCGAGAUUGAAGACUGGAAUUUGGUUCGAUUGAAAGUGAACGGCGAAAUUGUAUUCACAUGUAACAUAUGCGAACUAGAUUACGGAGGUGAUGGUAAAUUGGACGAACUGUGCAGCCAGGCUUCGAAGCAAGUUUUGAGCGCUUAUUAGUUGGAGAAAAAUAUUUAAAAGCUAUGUCAAUUGUUGUAAACUUUGAUAUUUUUACUGUAUAUUUUACACUGUACAUCCUUUGCAUUACCAUGCUGAAAAUAUGCAUAUUUUGAUGCUGUUAUGACCAAACGGUUUCAACACAGCAUUAAUACAAAUUGUUAAUGUGUUUGAGUUUUACAUAUUGUUAAAAGCAUAUGCCACUGCUCUAGUGUUUUAUUUCAUUGCACUUAUAUAAUCUGCACUAAAAAUUGCAAAAACCUACAG